GAAGGGACAGCUCCGGUGCUGAUGUUGGAGCCGGUUAGCGAACCCCAAGAGUGCAGUGUGGAGCGGGAAGCGCGAGGGCUGUGCACGCUCGACCGGGCUCCCGGGGCAGCACUGUCUUAGCCAGGGAAAAAGGACACUUUGCGAACAAUGAGACACGAAGCUCCCAUGCAGAUGGCCUCUGCCCAAGAUGCCAGGUAUGGCCAGAAAGACUCCUCUGAUCAGAACUUUGACUACAUGUUCAAGUUGCUCAUCAUUGGCAACAGCAGUGUGGGGAAAACAUCCUUUCUGUUCCGGUAUGCGGAUGACUCCUUUACAUCUGCAUUCGUCAGCACAGUUGGGAUUGAUUUCAAAGUCAAAACUGUAUUCAAAAAUGAAAAGAGAAUCAAGCUUCAGAUUUGGGACACAGCAGGCCAGGAAAGAUACAGGACUAUCACGACAGCCUAUUAUCGUGGGGCCAUGGGCUUUAUUUUAAUGUAUGACAUCACAAAUGAAGAAUCCUUCAAUGCGGUACAGGAUUGGUCAACUCAGAUCAAAACAUACUCAUGGGAUAAUGCCCAGGUUAUCCUGGUUGGGAACAAAUGUGACAUGGAAGAUGAGCGGGUCAUCUCAACUGAGAGGGGCCAACAUUUAGGAGAACAGCUGGGGUUUGAGUUUUUUGAAACAAGUGCCAAGGAUAACAUUAAUGUCAAGCAGACGUUUGAGCGUCUCGUGGAUAUCAUCUGCGAUAAAAUGUCCGAGAGUUUGGAGACGGAUCCAGCCAUCACUGCCGCAAAGCAAAACACGAGACUCAAGGAGACCCCUCCUCCACCGCAGCCCAGCUGUGGCUGUUAGUGUCCCCGUACAGGCAGCUCCAGAGGGGUUGGUUGCUAAAAAAUAGCAUUUAUAAAUGGUCGAUUAGCCUUCAUUUAUACUGCCUAAUAAUUAUUUGAGGGAAAUCUUUGAUGUCAGUGGCUCGAACAUGCAUUCAAUUCUGGGGAGAUUUCCUGUGUUACUAUGUGGCAAAUAUGUGAUCUUAACUUUGUAAGGACUAUCCAUCUAUAAACAUCUGGUAUUUGCAUGUGAUUUGUUAUUUGUCUUCUAGGCUCUUUUUGUUUCAGCUUUCUUAGAUUAAGCUACUGCUGGGACCUCCGAUUAUAAUUUCACUACAGCUGAGUUUUGUGCUGCGGGUUCAAAUGUUGCUAUUCACCUGUAGGGAUGAUAACCAAGGAAUUGGGUGUGUGUGUGGUGUCGGCAGGGCAAGAUCUCAGGAGACCUUAUUUGCUUUACUCUCAAUUGAAAAUCAGUUGGAAAUAUUACUCAUGAUUAGGGAGACUGUUGUGGAUCUGGUUGGUUUACUGUUCAGGAAAGAUCUAUUUUUCAGUAUUAUGAAUAACUGAGAAGAUCAUUGACUAUAAAGAAACUGAAAUAUUGUUUAAGGCCCUUGCAAAUUUCCCAAGAGAUUAAUAUUUACCUGACUGGAAGUAGAUUUUAACAGUAGUCUUAGUUUAGAUGUUUAAAUAAGGAAUACCUAACCCAGGACGGCUCCACCCAACAUUCUGGACAUGUGAGGGCACUGGCAGAGGCAUCUGCUGGAUGUGUUAUGUACAAGCAUCUUAACCAAGAAGGAUAUGAGUAGCAGUGGGAUUCCAAGGCCUGAGCUCCACCCAUGACAUAUACCACCACGACCUUCUGGAACCGUCACUAACUCUUGGAACAGAGGUUAAGUUGAAGCUUCUUAGAGCCCCUCUUCCCGUAGGAUGUGGGCUUACUUCCCCAAACAUUGCCUUCUGCUCACACCUCCCUAGGUUCUUUUACCUGGUUAGAAGUCAGUUACACAGGCAUUUAAACAUCUCCAUGGCUCUCAGGUUAAGGAAAAGACAAGUAUCAUCUCUAAUCUUUUUCAAUCCCAGUAUUUAUACUUUUAAGGCAUAUCCCCAUUCUGUAAACCUUUAAACAUGCUUAAGUUACUCAGAGACUACUCUUUGGAGCUGAGAAUUACAGAGACAUCUUAGGACGCCAUAAGCAAUUUGAGAGAAGAAAGGAAAGCAGUUGAACACCCAGAUUCUUUCUCCUAGAUUUCCUGAAGACCAUAUGUGAUGAACGAGCAACCCAAUAUCACCAGUAGUUCUGAGUGAGCA